CCCACCCAUCACUACCACCACUUCUGCCACAACUACCAUUACCUCCAGUUCUACCAGCAUCACCGUACAGGUCGGACGUUCGCCAUCAUCGACAUUACCAGCGCAACCAACAACCAUUACGCACUAUACUGUAUACCUCUACUGCCACUGUGACGUUACCAACACUACCACAGCGUUACUGCAAGUCGGGCAGGAUGAGACUUGGUGUCCUUGUACUGACUGUGCUGUCGGCCACGGUGAGAGCCAGUCUUCUUACUGGGUUAGAGCAAGGUGACCACGCCCACCAUCAUGGCCACGCCCUCCAGCACAGCGACCACUCCCAUACACACAAUGCUGGCAGCCACGUCCAUGAUGACCACACCCACACCCAUGAUUCCAGCGACCACGCCCACACUCAGGAUGCCGAUGACCACGCCCACACCCAUGAUACCAGCAACCACGCCCACAUCCAUGAUGCUGGCAACCACGCCCACACCCACGAUGCUCAUGCCCACACACAAGCCACCGGCAAAGAAGCCAUUCUUGCGUCUGCUCGAAUCAACGAAUUCUUCAAUGCCUUCUUGCAGGAUGACCAACAGCUGCCUCCAGACAUGCCAGCCUUGAGGGAGGUGCCCGCUGUGAUGGAAUUCUCCUGUACUGGCAGACUACCCGGGUAUUACGCCGAUGCGGAUCACGGUUGUCAGGUUUAUCAUGUGUGUAGAGACGACCACCCAGUGGCAAGCUUCCUCUGCUCCAACGGUACAGUGUUCGACCAGGUCAUAUUCGCCUGUAACUGGUGGUUCAACGUGGACUGUUCCCUUGCCCCGACCUACUACCACCUCAACGACCAGCUCUAUAAGGAGGUGGAGGAAGAGCCAGUAGUGAGACGGGAAGAGCCAGUGGCGAGACAGGAAGAGGCAGUAGGGCGGGCAAAGUCCACCUUUCAAGAGUUGUCAACGAGCCAAGCAAAGUCCACUUCUCAGACCAAGAAAGCUGUUUCAGAUUUUCUAACUGUACUGCAGGGCCUAUCAGUUCCAGAUGAGACAGCGGAAGGCAGUGACAAUGUAGCAGCUCUGGUAUUCCCACUCACCAUCCCAGUCCCUCCUUCAACCCAAGCUAUCCAGAAGAACUUGAACCAACUGGCAACAGAUUACUUCCUCCCUACAAAUGAAUAUCUUCCACCCACAAAUGAGUACCUACCACCCAUAAAUGAGUACCUUCCACCCACAAAUGAGUACCUACCACCCAUAAAUGAGUACCUUCCACCGUCUAACGAAUAUCUCCCACCCUUAUUCUAAAAAUCUGUUUAUGGUUGCAUGAUUGAAUGAAAAAGAUCAAAUGAAACAAGAGAAAAGGUUCAAAAUACAUGUAAACAACAUAAACUUUGAGCUACAUAGUCAAUAAUUCUAUGUAGUUUUGAAAGUACAGUGUAGUGGAUUCCUCCCUUACAAACGCUGUUUGUCGCUGAGUAGCCGACCCCGCGAAUUCCCCAGUGUAUGCCUCGUGGUCCAGGUCAACCAGCGCCGACUUAC